UCAAAUUAUUUAUAAUGUCUGAAUGUAGUUCAAAAGAUGUUAUAAUUAUAAAUGACGAUGAUAAUAAUAAAGUUACAGAAGAAGAUGAGAUAGCUGCAAUUGAUUAUGAAUUGCGACAAAUAGAAACGGAAUUGCAAAAAUUGGAAGACCGUAAAAAAGUAUUAAUUCAACGUAAAGAAAAAUUACGAGAUGAUGCACUUUUGAAAAAGAGUUUGUCCGUAUCAAAGAAAAACUGGGAAGGUGAAGACUUCGAUUGGUCGAAAAACUUGAGAAAAGCAUUAAAAGAUAUUUUUAAAAUAGAAAAUAUGAGACCAUUACAAUUGCCAACGAUUAAUGCAGUUUUAUCUAACGAGGAUGUUAUUUUAAUUAUGCCAACAGGCGGUGGCAAAAGUUUGUGUUAUCAAUUGCCAGCUGUAAUUAGCAAAGGCAUUACAAUAGUAGUUUCUCCUUUGUUAUCUUUAAUGGAGGAUCAAUUACAUGGAUUGCACAAACUUAACGUAAAAGCUUUAAUGUUGCACGCUAAAGCAAAUAAAGAAAAUGUUAAGACCAUAAUGAAUUCAUUGAUAGAUAAAAAAUCGGAUCUGAAAUUAAUUUAUGUUACCCCGGAAUACAUGGCCAAGUCUAAUCGUUUUAUGAGCAAAUUACAAAAGGCAUACGAGUUGAAAAGAUUAGAUCGUUUUGCGAUAGACGAAGUGCAUUGUUGCAGUCAAUGGGGACACGAUUUUAGACCGGAUUAUAAAUUUCUAGGAAUUUUAAAAUCAAUGUUUCCAGGUAUACCAAUUCUUGGUCUUACUGCAACAGCUCCUGCCAAGAUUAUUUUGGAUGUACAAAAGAUGUUGGACAUUCAAGGAUGUUUAGUUUUGAGAGCACCAUUUAACAGACCAAAUUUAUUUUAUGAAGUACGUCGUAAACCAGCAGAUAAGGACACCUGUCUCUCAAUGAUAGAAAAUUUAUUAAAAAAUAGAUUUAAGGAUAAAUCUGGUAUAAUUUAUACAACUACCAUUAAAGAUGCUGAACAAUUAACCACAGAUUUACGUGGUUUGCAAUUAAAAGUAGGAUGUUAUCAUGCAAUGUUAGAAGCAGAUUAUAGAUCUGAAGUAUACGCCAAAUGGAUAUCUGGUAAAUACCAAGCAGUGAUAGCUACGAUAGCAUUUGGAUUGGGUAUUGAUAAACCUGAUGUUAGAUUUGUCAUACACCAUUGUAUUUCCAAAUCUAUGGAAAAUUUCUACCAAGAAAGUGGUAGAGCUGGUAGAGAUGGUAAAAAGUCAGCAUGUAUCGUCUUGUAUCGUUUACCGGACAUUUUUAGAUUGAGUACCAUGGUGUUUCAAGACAAAGUUGGUUUACAAAAUUUAUACAAAAUGUUAGAAUAUUGUUUGGAUCAAAAUUCAUGUAGACGUAGUCUGAUAGCUAAACAUUUUGAAGAAACUUGGGAAACCAAGGAUUGUGCUGAAAUGUGUGAUCAUUGUCGUAAACCUAAAGAAAAGAAGGAAUUAAACGUAGCACCUUAUUGUAGACAUUUGUAUGAAAUAAUUACUAAAGCUAUUCAAAAUGAAACAAGAUUAACAGCAUUAAAGUUAAUAGAUGCCUGGUUUGGUAAAGGAGCAUCUUUAUUAAGAGUUGCCAAAGUGCCUACACCAUCAUUUACAAGAGAAACUGGUGAAGCUAUAAUAGGACAUUUACUAAUAAAUGGCUACCUGCAAGAAGACUUUCAUUUCUCAGCGUACUCAACGAUAUCCUAUUUGAAACGUGGACCUAAAUCUGGAUUAGUUUCUAACAAAGACUAUAAAAUAAUAUUUAAUUACGAAGCUCAUUAGUAUAUACAUAUGAAUACUGUAAACUGUAUAAAAAGUAUUAUUAUACAACAAAACUGUUAAACAGAUCAACCAAUAACAACGAAUGCAAUGAAUAUUAUUUAUUUAUUUCUAACUAAUAUACAAUAAUUGCAUUGUUCAGUAAUAAUAUAACUGUUGAAUCAUGCAUUCGAUGUUAUUCGGGAAAAUAACAAAAUUAAUUGGUUAGUGAAAUGAAACUAAGAUAAAGUUUAAGAGAAAAUAUUCAUAUAUACAAAUGUUGAGAGAGACAGAAAUAUAGUAGAACUCUCUAGGGAAAUUGAAACUAAACAGAGAGGAGGAGACUAACAAUUUAAGAGAGUGGAGGAAUGGCAAAAAAAAAAAAGAAAAGUGGGCAGCAAAGCUCAAAGAUCAAUAAAAAGAGCAAGCGGAGAGAUGCAACGUUAACGAUGGUAUGUCGGUAGCUCGGGUAGUAGGGCAAAAAGCACGCAGGUUUCGCGAUCAAAUGGAAAUAUUGAUCCUCAGUAAGAGAGACAGAGAGAAAUAGUACAAAAGAGAGAGAAGGAAGAAGCAGCAGCGCGAAUCUUAGCAUGUGGCUAAACACGUUUUACGUUACGUUGAAACAACGAUCGUUUUUUCUGUAUUUAACAAGUCAAUGAUUAGUUUUUUAUUUAUCAUUUUAUAUCAAAUUUUGAUAGAAGAUAUCAUCUUACGAAGCUGACUAAAAUUCAUUAACAACAAAGUGACGUUUGAUAAUUCACGAGUUAACAA